CAAGCUUUUUCUAAUUUUCUUCCUAUAAACGACUCUUACCGUAUUUCAACAGAGCACUGCCCUCUAUUAAGCAUAGCAGACAGUGAAGAUCCUCAGAAUGCCUCAAAGAGGAAUACUUGACUUCUUCUCCAAGUCCCCUGGUCCUAAGACCAAGAGUCCUCCCCCCAACAACAAGAGACAGAGGGACACCACCACUCUGGAGAAUGAGGAGAGACAGAGGGACACCACUCUAGGGGAUGAGGAGGCUGGCAAUGCUUUCCCGGAUAAAGUAGAAUCCCCCGUAUUUAAGAGCAAGUCAAAGAAACGUCGUGUUAUCUCAGACAGUGAAGAUUCUGACACAGAAGUGGCAAAUGAAACAAAUGAAACAACUAACGAACUCUCAGACAAUGUAGAGAUGUCUCAAUCAGAAGAGAAUGCUAUAGUAUCAUCAUCUGUGCAACCAUCUAUGGAUGUACCAGUGACUGAGGAACAGGCCCGCAAUGGUGGGCCUAGCACUGAGGGGACUGGCCACAAUGGUGGGCCUAGCACUGAGGAUGAAUUAUUGAAGACGCCUCCUAAGAGAAAAACUGCUCGUAAGCACACUGGCAAGAUGAGAUCACCCCAGGCAACCACACCAAAUGCAUCAUCAACAGACAUUAAGAGCCCUCCUGUUGAGAGGUCACCAGCCAGGGUCAGGAGUACCACCACACCUGCAUUAGAGGCGACUGACCAGGACAGUGGGGACAAUGAGGUAAUGAUGGAGGUAGUGAUGGAUGAAGGAGUGGCCUUAGCUAGCAAAGAAGAGGUACAAGGAAAUGAUGAGGAGAAAUCAAUGGAGGAAGAAAAGACUGUGCAUUCAUUCUUUUCUCCCAGGACCACCCACACACCCACCAGGACGUCUCCUAACAAGACUAACAAGAGCCUUAAAAAGGAGAUAAGUAGUCCAGAGUCCCAACCAGUGGGGUGUGUAGGGGAGGUGGACUAUGACCCCUCCAUCACCAACUACCAUCCUCUCAAUCACGCCUGUUGGAACAAGGGACAGAAAGUCCCGUACAUGGCAGUGGCCAAGACAUUUGAGCAUAUUGAGGAAGAGAGCAAGCGUCUGAAGAUCAUCUCCACUCUCACUAACUUCCUCCGCUCAGUGAUCCUCCUCUCACCAGCCGAGACUGUGCCCUGUGUGUAUCUCUGUCUCAACAAGCUUGCCCCUGCAUAUGAGGGACUGGAGCUAGGCAUUGGAGAGUCCUUCCUCAUCAAGGCCAUUGCUGGUGCUACUGGUAGGAACCCUCCUCAAGUCAAGGCUGACUAUGCAGAGAAAGGAGACCUCGGGCUAGUGGCUGAGAUGAGUCGCAGUACUCAGCGGACGAUGUUUGCCCCUCCCAAACUAACUGUGUCUGGAGUGUUCUCAAAGUUCAAGAGUAUUGCCACCAUGUCUGGAAGUGCUUCCCAGGCCAAGAAGGUUGACAUCAUCAAGGGUCUGUUGGUUGCAUGCAGGGGGUCUGAAGCAAGGUACCUCAUUCGCUCCCUGGGGGGUAAGCUAAGGAUUGGACUGGCCGAACAAUCUGUUCUCGUGGCAAUAGCUCACGCCGUGGUCUACAGUCCACCUUGUACAGAUUGGCCCCCUGUGGUGUUGAAUGCCAGUAAGACAGUCUCUCCUGAGGUGUUCCACAAACACUUGGAGGGAGCAGCCCUCACUGUCAAGUCCAGUUACUGUGAGCUACCUAACUACGAGGUGUUAGUGCCAGCUCUGCUCAGUCACGGGCUAGACCAUCUCUCAGAGCAUUGUAGACUCACUCCGGGGAUUCCCCUCAAGCCCAUGCUGGCCCACCCAACCAAGGGGCUGCAAGAAGUUCUGCGUAGGUUUGAGGGUGCAAGGUUCACGUGUGAGUGGAAGUACGAUGGAGAGCGUGCCCAGAUCCAUGUGAUUGAGGGUGGAGAGGUCCGGGUAUACAGCCGCAACUCUGAGGACAACACUUCAAAGUACCCAGACAUCAUAGGAAGAAUGCCCAAGGUAGCGUAUGUGUGUCAGCUUUGUACACUUACUUUAUGUCUUGUUCAGAUAUUAAAGGAUGGUGUGAGGUCAUGUGUGUUGGACACUGAGGCUGUUGCCUGGGAUACAGAGGAAAAGCAAAUACUACCAUUUCAAAUACUCAGCACCAGAAAACGCAAGGAUGCAGAGCUGGCUAGUAUCAAGGUGCAAGUGUGUGUGUUUGCUUUUGAUCUCAUCUACCUCAAUGGAAAGUCGCUAGUGAAGGAACCGUUUGAGAGCAGGAGAGCAUUGCUAAGAGAGUCCUUCAACACUGUGGAAGGAGAGUUCAUGCUGGCCACCUCCAAAGACUCUAAGGAUCUUGAUGAGAUACAAGUAUUCAUGGAUGAGUCCAUCCAGGGCAACUGUGAGGGCCUCAUGGUCAAGACACUCGACAGAGAUGCUACCUAUGAGAUAGCAAAGAGGUCACACAACUGGCUCAAGCUCAAGAAGGAUUACCUUGAGGGUGUGGGGGACACUCUGGACCUGGUGGUGAUAGGAGGGUUCCAUGGGACCGGGAAGAGGGCAGGGAAAUAUGGUGGCUUCUUACUCGCCUGUUAUGAUGAGCAGAAUGAAGAAUAUCAAGUCAUUUGCAAAAUUGGCACUGGAUUCAAAGAUGAGGAUCUCGAGAAUCACUCGACAUUCUUCAAAAAUCAUGUUAUUGAUGCUCCGAAGCCUUACUACCGCUACAGUAGUCAGGGCGUCCAACCAGAUCACUGGUUUGACCCUGCACAGGUGUGGGAGGUGAAGGCUGCUGAUCUCUCCAUCUCUCCCGUCUACACGGCAGCUGCAGGAAUUGUUGAUCCAGAGAAGGGUAUUUCCCUGCGCUUCCCUCGCUUCCUGCGUAUCAGAGAGGACAAGACUCCGGAGGAUGCUACCACUAGCGAUCAGGUGGCAGGACUGUAUCGAGGUCAGAGCAACAAUGCAAAGCCAGCUGACAUGAAGGAAGAGGACUUUUACUGAAAAACUAACUAUAAUCUGUCUCUACUGUGUUGCACAUUGUUGUUGUUCUUUAUCUUGUGCACAUCUCUCUUGUGGUAUAAUCUAUUGAAGCUA